AGCACUACUUUUGACAUAAAUAUGAGCCUUAAAGCUUUUAAUCAGUUGGUGAGGUUCCCUCGUUAGAUUUGAAUUGAAGCUAAUUAAACAUUUUAGUAGUACUUGCCACACGUAAAAUCCGUUUAUCCGCAUUAAUCUUUAUAUAUAUCUCGAGAUAUGUUAAAGACAAGGCACGUCCUAGUGAAUAUACUGAGUUCAAGGUACCUGUGUACUGGGUUGAUUGUCAGCAGGGCACCCUGGUGCGUCCUACUAAGAGACGUCGCAGUUUAUGGGCACCUACGAUUGUAUAGCAUUCUAUGAAAAAUUUUUCAACAAAUUAGUGGAUUGAAUAUUUAGAAGCAUUUUGGACUUAAGUGCUAAAAACUUAUAAAGUACCCCAAGGCACUGAAGAAUCUAAAGGUUCCUAUAAUAUAUUGGUAGUAGGAUAUGCUGAGAUCAAUAUAUUCACUAGGGUGAUUUGAAAAUAUGUUUGUUUUAGCAAUUUGAUGAAGAUGUGCGACGAGAACGUCAAUUAAUUUUACACGACAAUGAAACAACGAAAUCAUCUGUGAUUGUUGUUGGAGAUCUCGUCAAAGAAUUUAAAGAAGGAAAAUCAAAAUCUAAUGAUAAAAGCACUUAUCUGGCAGUUAACCAUUUAAAUUUUCAUGUACAAAAGCGAGCAUGUUUCGGUCUAUUGGGAGCAAAUGGAGCAGGAAAAACUACAACAUUUCGUAUGUUGGUAAAUGAUAUUAAGUCAACAUCAGGCAAAAUAAUUAUCAAUGGAAGAAAUAUCAAUCAAACGAAACGUGAUUUAGAAAUUGGUUUCUGUCCACAAUUUGAUUGGCUCCUACACGAUCUUACUGUUUUAGAAACAUUGACUUUAUUUGCAAAAUUAAAAGGUGUAGAAGCAUCAGAAAUAUCAGAAAUGUGUAAUAAUAUAGUGAAUAUCUUUGGUCUUGAAACAUAUGAAAAUCGUCGAGUACAAAAAUUAAGUGGUGGUAAUAAACGAAAAGUUAGUGCAGCUUUAGCAUUCAUGGCUAAUCCAGCAUUAGUAUUCUUGGAUGAACCAACAACAGGUUUGGAUGCAGCUGCUAAACGAAAAUUAUGGAAAGUAAUACGAGCUGCUCGUGAUGUUGGUUUAACAAUUAUUAUGACAAGUCAUAGUAUGGAAGAAUGUGAAGCUCUAUGUACUAAAAUUGGUAUUAUGAAAAUGGGUCAAUUUAUGUGCCUUGGAAAUUUACAACAUUUAAGAAAUCGUUUUGGUAAUGGUUAUGCUAUCAAAGUAAAAGUAGUCGGUGAUAAUUUAGAUAAUAUUAAAGCUCAAUUAAUGACAGAUAUACCCGGAAUUGAAAUACAAGAUCAACAUAAUGAAGUAUUAUUUUGUAAUGUACCAUUUUCACAUUCAUCAACAGAUGGAAGAAAUACAACUCAAUUACCUUAUAAUUUAGCACAUGUAUUUGAAAUAUUGAAUAAAAAAAAAGAACAAAAAAUUAUUGAAUCAUAUUCAGUAACACAAACAACACUUGAACAAAUAUUUGUUCAACUUGCUGGUGAAGAUGAAGAUAUUUUAUCUGAUCAAAAAGAUAAUAAUAAUAAACAAACUAUUCCUCCAAUGACAACAAGACUUUAA